AUGGAAAACACAAAAAAACUCGAUGAAACCCAAAAUUCUACUGAAGAACAGGAUCAAUUGAUCCGAUCAAACAAAAAACCAAAACGUAAAAGCACACAUUCUAUUCCUAAUCCAUCUAAUGGAGAUGAUGAGGAAAUGGCAGAUGCUAAAAAUGGAAUGAAUAGGGGUAAUGGGAAUCCUCUGGUUCCUCCCCAAUUGAAUCAGAAAAUCAUCCAACCUGGAGGAUCCAUGUCGUUCAGAGAUAUCAUGCAAAGGGAUAAACAGGCUGAGGUAUAUUCACAUGAGAUCAAUAUAAUUGAUGAAGAGGAGGAUGAAGAGAUAUCUGAUGAUGAAGAAAUCCCUGAUGAAAUUCAAAAUGAUGAACGGUGUCCUGUCAUCCAAUUAUCUAAGGAGGAGAAAAGAAGGCUGCGUAAACCUUGGAAGGAUUCCCUAAUAAUUAAAAUGUUCAGUGAAAAAUUAGGAUACAUGAGUUUAAUGCGCAGACUCAAGAUAAAAUGGAACAUUAGAGGGGAGCUUUCGCUAACUGAUUUUGGCUGCAAUUAUUAUAUUGCAAGAUUUACAAAUCAAGCGGAUUAUUCCUAUGUGCUCACUCAGGGACCUUGGCUCCUCAAUGAUAAUUAUUUAACCAUUCGAAAAUGGAUUCCUAAUUUUGUCCCUGAUGAAACCCCGAUUAUGAUGUUGACUGCUUGGGUGCGUAUUCCUAACCUUCUUGUGGAAUAUUUUGACAUAAAUUUCCUGAGCAAAAUUGGUUCUAAAAUUCGGAAAGUGCUGAGAGUUGGCAAAACAACUGCACAAGCGGAACGAGGCCAGUUUACUCGUCUAAGUGUUGAGAUUGACCUAACCAAGCCUUUAUUGUCAAAAUUCUGGUUAAAAGGUCGGAUAUGGCGAGUGCAAUAUGAAGGAAUCAAAAUGGUCUGUUUUAGGUGUGGAAAAUUAGGUCAUUCAGAGGAUGCUUGUCAUACCAGUGAGAUUGUUAAUACAGAAGGUGGGAUGAUAAUUCAUGAGAACCCGCUUAACAAUCGAUCUCAUUGA